UCGCAACUUUAAUUUGCAACAUUUGAAUGGCAAAUAAAGUAAAAGAAACUUUUUCUGUGCAAUCCUAAAUCCUAACCAAUCCUAACUAUCAGCGUAACAUAAUAUUGUGAAUAUCGAAGAAUUUUGUCAUUGCCUUGAAAACUGUUGAAUAACAAACAUGUUCGAGUGGACGUGGGACGAAAGAUUUAAAUCAAGAAAGUCUUUAUUAUCUAAAAACAAUUUAGAAGUGAAGUUUCAUCCAGGUUAUAGCGAUGGAACAGCUGCUGUCAGGGGUAAUAAAGUAUUAACGAAAGAAAGACAUCACUACUGGGAAGUAAAAAUGGUGUCCCAAAUAUAUGGAACGGAUGUGAUGAUUGGUGUAGGUACUGCCAAAGUUAACAUCGAUGAGAGAGAUAAAUUUUUCUCAUUAUUGGGACAAGAUCGAGAAUCAUGGGGACUGUCAUACAAAGGUAACAUACAUCAUGCUGGCGAAAUUAAAGAAUAUUCACCGCCUUUCGAGCAAGGAAGUAUCGUCGGGGCUCAUCUAGAUACUUGGAAAGGAACUCUACAAUUUUUCAUAAAUCGGAAACCUCUUGGAAUUGCAUUUACUGGCUUACGUGGAAUCGAAUUAUACCCUAUAAUUUCAUCAACAGCAGCCAAUAGUUGUAUGCGGAUUACAAAAAGUUGUUCAGUUCCUGCAUCUUUACAGAUGGAUUGUCUUGGAAUGUUAAAACCUUUGCAUAGAUCAUAUCUAUCGGCAGCCUUUCCGGGUCUUCGUUAUUUAACUGACGGUGUAUUUGCUGAAAUUUUGCGACUCAAACAAGAUACUGAUAAUGAGGAUGAAGAUUUUGAGUAUGAAUUCCCUGAAGAGUACAUGAUUUUAGAUGAUUUUGAUUUUGCAUUAGUUGGAUUUGGGAGAAGAAAAAAAAGAAAAAUAGAUGAUUUGUCGAAGUUUAAAAGUAUCGAGUUAAUGUGAAAAUUCGACAUUAAUUAUUUAAUGCAACAAAGAUGUUUUCCUAAAAUAAUUUCAAACUAUUUUUAGUAGAUUUCGUAGAGAUUUGACUUUGGAUGUGGAUUUUGGAUAAAUCAACUUUUAUGGCAAUAAUUUCAAAUAUCGUUUCUACCCUAGCGAAUUUGUUUAUACCGAAAAUUUAAGUUUCUUUUGGGUUCAUUUCCGGUAUAGUAGAAAUCGAUAAAUAUUUCGGUAUGUUUUAAGAAUUAUACCCAAUUCAUACCCAGAUUAUACUCAAAUCGUCUCAUGUUCUGGGUAUGUUUUUGAAUUUUUCAUACUUAAAUGAUACUGAAAAAAAAUUUAUUUCAAGCACGAUUGAUACUCAAAUUAUACCGAAAUCAGAGAGGUUGAGGACAAUAUCUUUCUAUAUAUGUCUUUACCUGAGAAAAAGGAAAAAUGUUUCUUUGAAGUUUGAAGUAAAUAAAUUUAUUGAAUACAUAGAAAAUUAUAAAAAUACUAUUUUAAUUGAGUAUUUAGUAUUAUAAUGCUUUUAGUAGUAAAUAGUUCAAAAAUUAUUUUCAUAAUAAUUUAAUGAUUAAUUUACUUAUUUACUACUUCUAUGUUUUUUUUUUUUUUUAUCAAAAUAAAAAAAAAUUUCAGUGUUAAAGGAAAUAUUUCUGUUUAUGUUUGAUAGACAUACAAUUAUCAUUAAUUUAUUAUUUAUUUGAUUCUAUUGCAAUAACAGUAUAGAUAGUUACCACAAAUAUAAUGCAUAAAAAAAAAAAAAACCAUAAAUAAAAAUAAAAUUGUUCUUUCCACCAAGACCUGUGACAGCGCCAUGAGAACUUCACGAGACUCUCAAGUGAGAAGUCAUAAGUUCAAAACCUCAAUUAAUUAUCGCUUUUUUUUUAAUUAUUCAUUAAAAAAACAUCUAAAUAAAGUCUUUAACUAAUAUACUUAAAUACAUUAAAUAUAUUGAUAUCUAAGAAAUUAUGUUUUUAUCUCAGUAUAACUUCGGUAUAAAUUGUUCAAAAACAUACCUAAAUUAUUGUUAUGAAUGAGUAUAAUUUGAGUAUACUUUUAGAAUUCUAUUGAAAACAUACCGAAAUCAUACUCAAAUACCAGGUAUGUUUUAGAUAUUUUUUCGUGUAACCGAAUUCGCUAGGGUACGGACUAAGAAAAUGUUUCUUUCAUCAUCCAAACUUAUUUGUUUUAAUAAAAUAUUCGUUUCGCCCAAAAUGCAUAUCUUCAAUCAUCUUAAAAUUAACUUUAAGAUUUGUUACUGAUCGCUAUGAAAAUUAACGAUUUUCGAAAAAUUCGGACUUAUUGUUUUCACCCCAAUUUUCAAAAAUCGAAUUUUCAUCAGGUGUCAACGUUUCGAAAUUCUAGAAAGCUAUUCUGACUAUUUUCAGAGUAAUGUUCAAAUGUGUGUGUGUGUGUGUGUGCGCGCGCGCGUGUGUGUGUGUGUGUGUGUGUGUGUGUGUGUGUGUGUGUGUGUGUGUGUGUGUGUGUGUGUGUGUGUGUUAAACUCUCUAUAAUCUUUUAAGUAAUUGACUGAUUUGAAUGGUUCUCCUGAUUUAAAAAAGUUAAUUCAAAACGAUUAGAAAUGAUUUGAAACAAUUCAGUUUUAAUACUAUAAAGAUAUACAUUCAUCACUGAGUAAACUUUUUUUUUUAAUCACGAUCUUGCGGCAAUCAAAAGAGCUUGUCAGCUAUCAACGUUCCUGUGAAUCUCAGAUCACUCGAUUAAAUAGACCUGAGAUAAUUAAGAAAUACGACCAAAAACAAUUCUUUUGUAAUUUCUCAAAAACGACUUGAUCAAUCAAAUGGAAUAUUCAAUUAGCUUUAGAACUCUAUAAAACACGUCGAUAGCCGCAAGAACUACCAGAAUUGGUGAUUCGUUUAAGAGAUAUCAUUGGAGAUGAAAAUGUUAAUAACAGUUUUUAUCAAAUAUCUUCAAAGAAACUGAAAUGAUCGAUUCUAAAUUCUUAUUCUAUUAAACUUAUCAAAACAUGUUAAUUGCUACAAGAAUUGUCUUGAUCGAUCGAAUUGUUCGGAAGCUAUCGUUGAUGAAAGAAAUGUUAAAAAACGAUUUUUUUCGAAUAUCUUCAAUAUGACUGAAUCGAUCAAUUCAAAAAUCAUAUAUUAGGUUAACGUUUCAAGUGAUAUUGACGCCGAUUAAUUUCGAAAAUAACAAUUUACCUUAUUUUCCCUAAAUACUCUUUUAUACAAUGUACUAAAUUUGUCAAAAUCAUAUAAGUUCUUAAUUUUCACGGUCUAUUUUAAUCACUGUAUAAUUAUUGUAAUCGGAUCAUUCAGAAAAUAUAGCCAAUAAAACAGUUCAAA